CUUUCCUACGUCACUCUUAUCCAUAACGACCCCAUCUAUUUUUUUGAUGGCUGCCAUCAAAUACAGGAAUCAAAAAAAUAAUGACUAUGAAAGGCGAACGCUUGGUGCAGCAAGCUCUCAUCGCUGCAUUCAUGCUCAUCGCUGUGUAUGCAGGUAGCACACUCGGUUCGAAAUGUACCGAACCCCCAAAGGACUUCUUAGGACGAUUUCGUAUAUCCCUUAUACGUGGACGAGAACUUAACAUCGCAAAAGACGGAAUCAUUGCGUUUGGACCAACUCCUCGUGUACACGACGUUGCAAAACUGGGCCCCUAUGCAUUUUGGAUAACGAACAAGAAGCUACCAUUUGAACAAAUAAGCUGCACAAAGAAGUCAAUGACAGUUGUUUUUGGGCAAAAAUUGAAUCGUAAAGAGAAAGGAUAUCAGUGUCUCCGGUUGACAAGAGAUGGAAAACAAGGACAACUCCGUGGAAAAUUCGUGUAUGAUGCAUCCAUAACAACGAAGAAUAAGGAGACUAUAAAUUGCAAUGAUCUACCUCACCCACAUAAGGACUACUCAACAAACCGCGUUCUCGAGACUAUGUUCACAAAAAUUACGAGGUCUCCGAAACGUGUCAAACGAGAUGCUUCUUAUAAUUCUCUAGUGGCAGAUAUGGGAAGGUAUUGUACAACGACAUGGAGAAAUAAUCGCAUCAAAAAACAUAAUUGCAAAAAUCAAAUAAGGCUAGGAAAGAGGCUAGCUGCAAAGUUCACAGAUUCACAAAUUAAGCGUGGCUUUUUGUUAUAUCAAAUGAUAAUGAAGGAAUGUUUGAGUAAGUAUUUAAAACCACAAAAAGAUAACUGUUUGGCCUUCUUUGGAGAUGCUGCUAGAAAACGAAAUACAGAGAUUGUACGUUGGUCUGAGGAUGAAAAGAAUGUGAUUAUAGGGUUCAGCAAAUAUUGUUCCUCAAACCCGAUACUUGCGAAUAGAGCGGGUGGUUGCAUUUCACUACUUAAGCAUGCAAUGAAAGAAGCUAACAAAAGAACAAAUUUGGAGCAUCGUAGGGGUCAAUUCAAAGAUGUCUUCGUCAAUAGAGGUUGUACGCCAUUACCAGAUGCCACAGAAAAAGCAGCAUGUAUCUGGGAUGUCUACAAAAUAAUGAGAAAAGUUUGGAAGCGUUUUGAGCCUGAAAUAGAACUAUCCGAAUUGCGACCAGGUGCCCCUACCCCAGCGCCAUCUUGUACUAACUACUGCAAAAAUGGUGGCACAUGCACUCUUGACACUGAUGGAGCUAAAUGCUUCUGCCCGAGACCAUAUGAAGGAAAGGAAUGUGAAACAGCUAAUUUCGCAGCGGCCAAUAGAAGAAUAGUAACAGGAAUGCAAGUUAUGAGAAAAUAUUGUCAUGAAAAGCCAAAAUACGCAAAUAACGUUCAACUUUUCAUGGCAAAGUGUGAGAGCUGGAUUACUAAAGGGGCAGAAUUUGCAAUAAAAUUCAAAGAUCAUCAGCUUCAAACAAUCUUUGUUUUUCAACCAAUGAUUAAGCAUGACUGCUUCAAAACGAUUGCACAUUUUUCAAAACCAGAUGGACCAGGUGCGAGAGAGAGAGAUGCAUGCCUCAAAGUAUUUAAUGAUUAUGGUAAACAAGCAAAUUUUCAGAUGCCAGUUGCUUGGGACGAUGAUGAAGCAAAAUUGAUUCAACUUCUUGAUCAGUAUUGUGCUACAAAACCGAUUCUUCCAAACAAUUCAGGGGACUGUAUGCCACUACUUAAGGAAACAAUAAAAAGUGCCUCUGAACACAGAAGGCUGGAGGAUCGUAGGAAUGCAAUCAAAGCAUCCUUUUUCAAUAGAGGUUGCAAAGCAUCAGCAGAUGAAGCAGGCUGCAAGUGGGACAUUCUUAAAAUAUUUAAAAAACUUUGGCGCUCAUAUGGCCGUAGUCUACCAGCAGAACGACCAGCCAGUGCCAAUACUCAACCACCAAUGUGUACAGCCACAACAUGUAGAAAUGGCGGCACGUGCUCUAUUAACACUGCUGGAAUUAAAUGUUUCUGCCUGCCCGCAUUUGAAGGUGUACUAUGUGAAAGACCUGUCGAUGUUAUCAUCGUGGAAAUACCUUUAGAUUGGGAGAUGGCUGAAACUGAUCUGGUAAAGCGUCUCGAAAGGUAUUGUUCUGCAAAUCCGACGCUUCCGAACAAAUCAGGGGAAUGUAUUUCACUGCUUAAAAGGACAAUGGAAACCCUUUCUACAAAAAAAAAUUGGAGGGAUCGAAGAUAUGCCAUGAAAAUGUCCUUCUUAGAUAAUGGCUGCAAGCCAUCACAAGAUGAAGAAGGCUGUAAGUUGAAAAUCCUCAAAAUAUUUAAAGAGGUUUGGCCAAAUUAUGGCACACGACACGACCAAGAAACAACAACCACUACUCCCCCUACUACCACUACUACCACCACCACCACCACCACUACCACAACAACAACAACACCACCACCAACAACGGCAAUGACAUCACCAUCACCAACAACAACUUUGGCACCUACCACAGUGCUGACAUGUUCCGACAACUUCUGUAGAAAUGGUGGCACAUGUUCUGUUGACAAUAACAGACUUAAAUGUAGCUGCCCGCCAUCAUUUAAAGGAGACAUGUGUGAAACAAGCUUUGAUCCAUGCUCAACAAAUCCAUGCCCUGAUAUUGAACAAACAUGUAAAGCAGAUCCAAACAGUGUCCUUGGCUAUAGGUGUGUGUCUAAAACACUUGUGGAAGAGACAUUGUCCGCCCCUAGCACGAGUGCACAGCGGGAUGUCCCUCCAAUGAAGUCAGAUCCAGUUGGGGAUGCCUCUUCUAAGGUGAUAGCUGUCGGUGUUAGUGUAGGAGUCCUGGUUGUCCUUGUUGCUAUCAUUGUAUUUAUCCUUAAAGGUAAAAAAAAUUCCAAGGAAGACGUUGAAAGGAGAAUCAGUAUGAGCUCUCAAAGAAGCCGAAGGAGCAAAAUGUCACAGAACCGUUUUUACAGUCACUUGGAUCAAAAUGAUAACAACAACAUACAACAAUAAAGCAAGACUAUCAAAAAACACAAACAUCUUCAAAAAAGGUGAAACCAAGAGAAAUAUCAUAGAGGACUUAUUUUUCAUUUUAUAAUCAUUUUAAUUGUAAUGUGCCAAUAUAGUUCAUUUCUUCUUUUCACAUAGGUAUGACACGGUGUAUGAGUACUCAUGUUUUCAUUUAGAUUAUUUUUACGAUACUCAUAGCAAAAACCAAUUCUAAGUUGAUUGUAUAACAUAGUCAGAUAUUAAAGUUUAAUUUCUCUAUUAGCCUACAUAAGAAGACCCAAUAAAAGAUUUCAGUAUAAUGAAUU